CUAGAAGAGGCGAUCGAACCGUCAGGUGAAGAGAAAGAAGUAUGCUGAAGAGCUGGAGGCCAGGCUGUCGGAUGAGGACGUCAAGGUUAUUGUCAAAGCCAAGAAAGCCAACACCGCAGCAUCAAAGGAACCCGCUGUUCAGCUUUUUGUUGAGAAUCCCACUGAAGAAGAUGCAGCUGUUGUUGACAAAAUCAUGUCUUCUCGUAUAAUGAAGAAUGAGGUUUCUCCAGGGGUGGUUAUCGAAGUAGAGGAGUUCUUUGUAAAAUACAAAAACUACUCCUACCUUCACUGUGAGUGGGCAACAGAGCAGCAGCUCGAGAAGGACAAGAGGAUUCAGCAGAAGAUCAAGCGCUUCAAGAUGAAACAAGCACAGAGGGCGCUCUUCUUCACAGAUAUGGAAGAGGAACCUUUUAACCCUGACUAUGUAGAGGUGGAUAGAGUGUUGGAGGUAUCAUACUGUGAGGACAAAGACACAGGAGAGGAAGUGGUGUACUACCUGGUGAAGUGGUGCUCACUGCCGUACGAGGACAGCACCUGGGAGUUGAAGGACGACGUCGAUCAGAGCAAAAUUGAGGAGUUUGAGCAGCUGCAGGCAGUUAAGCCAGACUUGCGCAGAAUGGAACGGCCUCCAGCCAACCUGUGGAAAAAGAGGGAACAAUCAAGAGAAUACAGGAAUGACAACACCCUCAGGGAUUACCAGCUUGAGGGAGUCAACUGGCUUCAUUUCAACUGGUACAACAGCAUGCAGAGUUCCAAGAGACAUCAGUCUUCCAGCCUGAGACCAUGA